GCUCUCAUCAGUAGAAAACUGUGUGGUGUAUCAGAGAGAUACCCUGGAGAAAAGGAACAUGGGAAUAACAUAACAAAGUGAAAACCAAUAUCUGUCCCACAUACAGCACUGUAAUACAUCAUAAAAGCCCACAAAAGGCCUUACUGAAAGAAGGUGGAGCUGAUCUUGCCUUUAUAGUCAAAAAUACUGAAGGUGAGACUAACACAUCUUCCUAAAAGAUUACAGACAUCAACAAGAAUGAGGGCCCUUCUGAUUUUGAGUUUUCUGGGAUGUGCGCUGGCACAGAACAAGACUUUUUCAUGGGAUGGUCAAGAACAACCCAGUAAGAAUGAUACCAGUGAGAAUGUUUGUCAGACUGAUGCAGCAUCAUGUGGCUGCUGUCUGAUGCAGGAGCAGAUGAAGAGGAUGGAGAUGUUCUUCAACAUGAGCUUACAUGAACUACAGAGCGGCCUGGAGAAAGCUCACGGCAUUUUAAACAAUAUUCGUGCCAGUCGCAGUGCCUUCUCCGUGGCCCUCACCGAUGCACCCCUCUGCGUGGGACCGUAUCGCAGCGACUCUGUGGUGAAGUAUGGAAGUGUAUUUAUUAAUUUAGGAGACGGCUACAGUUCCAACACCGGUGCCUUUGUAGCUCCACGCUCCGGCGUCUACAACCUGGCACUUACCGUGUAUAGUGAUGCUGGUGCUCCUGGAGCAAGACUUGCUGCCUGCGCUCGACUCCGGGUGAAUGGGCGCACGCUGGCAACGCUGAAUGAAAACAAUCUUCAAGAUCAGGAGGACAGUGUUAGCGCUGUGUUAGCAGUGCAGCUACAUGCAGGGGACGCAGUGGAUGUUCUUCUGCCGACCGGUUGCUUUUUGUGUGAUGAUAACAGCCAUUACAAUACUUUCACCGGCUUUCUGCUCUAUACAACUGAUUAGCACGGAGAUGGAACUAAUGUUGUUUUUGAAAUUGAAAAAGUGCACAAUAAGAGCGCAAUAAUAAACAGUUAAAGCUGAAGUGUGCCAUUUUUUGUAGUGUAUCUUACACUGAAAAAAAGUAUUCAUUCAAUUUACUCAUUUUUUUAAGGUAAGUUGCAAUCAAU